CAGCAGCUGCCUCUCUUCCCGAAGAGAAACACCCGAAGAAGAGAGCAAUCAUGGCGGCGUCGUUGGUGCGAUUUGUCCGUGGAGGUCUCGGAAAGAGCUUCAACAUUGCAAGGACUUCAUGUCUCCUCCAGCAGCAGAGCCGCCUGCAGAGCUCGACCACAGAAACCAGCCCCACCGUGAGACCCAAGGAUGCCGUCACUCACAACCAGCUGACGGCGUUCGGGGAGUACGUGGCUGAGAUGAUGCCCAAAUACGUCCAGCAGGUCGAGGUUACCUGUUUCAAUGAGCUGGAGGUGAUGAUCGCUCCUGAUGGCGUCAUCCCCGUGCUGACGUUCCUGAGGGAUCACACCAACGCCCAGCACAGGAACAUGAUCGACCUGACCGCUGUCGACUUCCCAACACGACAGAACCGCUUCGAGAUCGUGUACAACCUGAUGUCGCUGCGCUACAACUCUCGUAUCCGCGUGAAGACGUACACAGACGAGUUGACACCGGUGGACUCCGCCGAUUCCGUCCAUAAGGCCGCCAACUGGUACGAGAGGGAGGUUUGGGACAUGUAUGGCGUGUUCUUCGCCAACCACCCGGACCUGAGACGCAUCCUGACAGACUACGGCUUCGAGGGUCACCCCUUCAGGAAGGACUUCCCUCUGUCGGGAUUCGUCGAGGUGCGUUAUGAUGAUGAGGUGAAGCGCGUGGUGGCGGAGCCGGUGGAGCUGUCGCAGGAGUUCAGGAAGUUCGACCUCAACACGCCCUGGGAAGUGUUCCCCGCCUACCGAGAGCCCAAAGAGGCCGCUCCCAAGCUGGAGGCCGGAGACAAGGCCCCUGAGAAGAAGUGACGUCCCUCUGUUUAGUCUACAAACACACAACAUCAUCAUCUCUCUGUUUGUUUGUGUUAUUCUGGGACUCUCAACACCCUCGAAACCCACCUGAAAUAUUUAUGUAAAUAACAAUACUAUUAAAAACCAUCUUAAAGUGA